AUGUCGACUUCGUCAUCGAGUCCCGCUGUCGACUUCGUCCUUGUCGAGUCUUACGCUGUCGACUUCGUCGUCGAGCCGCCCGCUGUCGACCUCGUCGUCGGGUCGUAUGCUGUCGACGUCGUCGUCGUCGCGUUGCUCGCUGUCGACUUCGACGUCGGGUCGCCGGCUGCCGACUUCGUCGUCGAGUCGCUAGCUGUCGACUUCGUCGUCCCGUCCCGCCGUCGACUGCGUCGUCGAGGUCCGCGCAGUGUCAGACGAGGGAGAAGUGGAGUCGCGCUGUCGACUUCAUUGUCGAGUCGCUAG